GUGUGGCAGUCGACCAGUCAAUCUCCGGACAGGACGGUGUGGUGUCGCGUCGCGCGUAUUUUUUUCUCCUCGAAAACUUUGUCUUUCAACGAAUUUCAACUAAAAUUGGUUAAAACGAAACGAAAAUCGAAAAUAGUGAUGUUGUUAGUGUUUAAGUGUGUCUUGUGAAUGAUUUCGUGUGCAAGCCGAGCGAAUUCUUAGGUGAUUCAUCUCGGGAAACAAGAAAUUGUUUGUGUCAUAUUAUGUAUGGCUGUUGGUCAUAAAAUUAAGUGUCCAAGUUCAUUGUGAACAGUUUUUUUUGGAGAAUGCCAAGGAAGUUUCGUUGAGAAUCGUAGAAAAAGAUGUGAGCUGCUUCUCGUGUUGCCGAAUCAUUAAGGAGCAUAAUUAUUAGGUAAAGAAUACAAAAAGACUUCGUAAUAAAAAUACUGUAUGUCGAAUACAAGACAAUGAGAUAAUAACGAAAUCUAAUGCUACAAACAGGCACAAUGGGAGACCGAACGAUUCGCAGGAUUAUCAUACUCAACAUACUCUUCGUAACGAUAACCGCAGACUUCACGAACAACUGUCCGGAGCAAUGCAAAUGCAGCUGGGCUGGCGGCGACAAGCAGGCGGACUGCUCCCACGGCCACUUCGAUGCGAUCCCGAAAACUUUAAGCUCGGACAUACAGAAACUGAACCUAACCGGCAACGACGUGUACGAAAUAACAAUACACGCCUUCCACGACGUCGGUCUCAUAAACCUCUGGAAGCUGACGCUGAGUGAAUGCAAACUGCAAACGAUACAGAGAAGCGGCUUCUUCGGCCUCGGGAUCAUGAUCGAAUUGGACUUAUCAAAGAACGACCUCAAGUCACUACACCCGGACCUCUUCAAGGAGACCCCGAAAAUACGAUGGAUCCUACUCAACGACAACAAAAUCGAAAAAUUAGACGACGGAUUGUUUAGCAACUUGGCCUAUCUGCAGAAAGUCGAUCUGAGCAACAACAGAAUAGUACACAUCGGAAUGAAAACUUUCGUUAACAUCCCAAAACUCAACUUCUUGAGGCUAGAUAGCAACAAGCUGGAAUACUUGAAAGGUGACACGUUAGAAGGCAUCAGCUCCUUGUCUAACCUGGACGUGCAAGACAACCCUUGGCGUUGCGAUUGCUACCUACAACCGUUCAGAAACUGGGUCAUCAGCAAGAAGUUAUACACUUCAAACGUUUACUGCGCUGACCCUCCGAAGGUACAUGGGAAAACGUGGAAAGAACUCGACACCAACGAUUUCGCAUGCAGACCCAGUAUUGUAUACCCGUCGACGAGUACCACUCUGAGAUCAGCAGACAACAACAUCACCUUAGCUUGUCAUGUCAACGGGAAUCCAUUACCAGAAGUCAACUGGGUGUUGAACGCACAAAUCAUUGAUAGCACGUACCGAUACGAAGGGGAAAUUAAAUACUACAUCUCGCAAAGUAAAGGAGAGAACACCGAGUGGGUGAAUUUGACAAUAACGAAUGUGGGUACAACUGAUAAUGGAGAGUAUCUGUGUGUCGCCAAAAACCCGGGCGGAGUAGAAGAGAGGAGCGUAACUCUAGCUGUGGUCCAGACUCCGCCGGGCGUGAUUGUUCCGACCGGCAUGAACAAUAACAUGAUGCCAGUUCUCAUCGGAGUAUCAUGCACUGCAGCCAUCAUACUAAUCAUCCUCGUCAUACUGUGUUACUGCUGCUGUAGAAGAAGAACUACUGAUAAGAAAGCGGAGAACACUAACGGGGAAGCACUCAUCGAAGGUUCUGUUAUACCUGAAAUGGAGAAGAGUUUGAUAACUGCUGUGAAUCCAGUGACGAAACCUCCGAGACGCUACGACGUUCCACCUUCAAUUACCAGUGGUACUGAGAUGUCUGAGUUGAAUAAAACAUUGCUGGACAAUGAUUCUGUAUUUGCACACAACGAAGACGAAAAGCGGUCGCUGGGCUACGACCAUUUGAUGAAACCAUCUCAAGAUGCACUGAACGUAGAGUACGGCCGGACUGAUGGCCGAGCUUACCCCCCUGAUCUGCUGUCUUUCCCACCGAGAGCCGCGCAAAUUUCGCCGGCUGCAAGCAACGCCUCAACUGUCCCUGAUACGACGAGGCUGCCACCCCACCAACUCAACCCGGUCAGCCCCAUCCAUUCACCGAUAUACGGCAUAACACCAAACCCGAACAUGUUUAGAACCUUGCCGUACUCACGAUCUCAAUCACCGUUUACUGCUCCGAUCACUUCCCCAGUGGUGACCCCUCGACAAGGCUACGUUACGAUACCCAGAAGACCUAGAGUACCCAGUUGGUCCAGCACUGCGAGUACCCAAAUCCUACCCAGUUCGGAGGCUCAAGAGCCUUUGUAUGAUAACUUGGGUUUAAGAACUACAGCUGACGGAAGUUCCGUACUAUCUUUGAAUAAAGCCGGCUUAGAAAGCCAGUUUUCUCCUAUGCGGAACAGGCCAUUGCCAGCCACACCGACCAGCUAUCAAACUCCCCAUCCAGUAUACUAUGCUCCGAUCGAAGAACAAGAACCAGCCCCAUCCCCGGUCCCUCCACAACACAACCCUCGGAACAGUAUCAGCUCUCAGCUAUCAACUCCAGGACCACAGGAGCCUAUAAACAGAAUGAGUUGGACUGCAAAGAACACUUCGACCCCUCAAACUGAACCAAGGAAAGCUUUGUUUAAUGACGCACCAACAGACACCCCGAACCGAAAAGGAAAACCCGAGACCGGGUCUUUAAGACGACCUCCAGUUGACUCCAAUAAGGACGAACUUAGAUCACCCUCCAAGGAAGAAAUUAAGAAGAACGAGGGUAACAUAUCCAUGAACCAAUCUGGAACCCUGGGCAGGAGCGGGAAGAUCCCACCCAGACCUCCACCAAAGCCGAAAAAGAAGCUAAACCCCGAAGUAAACACGAGCGAGCCCUUAUUCGAAGAUGAAGGCGAAGACGGAACGGAAGUGUAGUUAAAAAUACUCUUAGCUUACCAAAGUGCCAAUGAGCUUUUAGUGAUAACAACUAACUUCUAAAUAAACGAAGAAUGAUAGUGUUGUGAAAGUGAUCGAGAAUCGAAUCGAAGUGACAAAUGACAAUGAGUAGCGUGCAAUCAAGUGACGUAAGGUGCUCAGGUGUACAUAAACUAUUCAUAGAUUUUAUACCUUAUCAAGUAAAGUUUACGGACCAUUUUUAAUUGUAAUGACUUUUUUUUAUUUGUAUUUAGUAUUUAUUUGUACUUGUUUAUUACUUUGGUAGCUAACUAUGACUUGCACUGUUUUUUUGAAAUUUUAUUCUGUUUUAAGACUGAUUUUUUUAUCGAGCAAUUUUAUUUCGACAUUCCCUCGAGCGUUCAUUUAUAAGCGCAAUCAAAAUUUAGUUUUACAAAUCUACAUUGUCAUGGUUUUUUUUGCUCACAAAUAUCUUGGACGUUUCGCUGGCCCAAGAAAUAAAAUGGACUUCAUUUUUAUGAUAAAAACACGAUUUUUAAUGAUUAUUAGUUAGUGUUAUAAAAAGUGAAUUUUAUGCGCUCCUUACUCGGCGGUACUGUACUGUGCCCCAAUCUUUACAUCGCGGGUUCGAUACUGGAGUCACAAACAUUAUGAUUUCAAAUUUAAGACAUUUCUUAAGCCGUACUCAAUAGUGAUCACGGUCAAAAUGUCAAAGGUACGGGUGGCGAUUGCGUUUUAGUUAUAACCAAAUGGCUAUUGUUGAAACUGAAAGGAGAAUUAUGAAUUAUUUUACCAAACACUAUUAUUCAUUUCCUUUUUUAGGAUAUUUCGUGAGCCGCAAUCUAAAGCAAAGUAAACUGGAGCCCCGAGACGCGAGAGGUCGUUAACCUCGCCCUUCAACUCAGUUUUAGUUGUGCUACAUUGCGUGUGAUGUGAAAAGCAUCAGUAAAAAAUAGAUCGUGUUAAUAAUACCGUGCAUUAUCGCUCGCAUUCGUUAGUUUCAAAACAUAUUUAAUCACUUGCUCCGAAAUAUAAUCGCUUUUUAACCAUUGGCUACGUCAAUAGCUAGAUCAAAGCGUUAUUAUUUCAGUAAAAUAAUUCAACAUGAUCUUACUGUAGUGUUAUAAGAGACUCAGUGGUAGCGUUUUGUUCGAAACAAAUGACGCACUAAAACUAUUAACUUUCGUUUAUCCUAAGUUAUUUUGAUUUUAGUUCCAUCGCUUUUCUGUUUCGUUAAAAAUUAAAUCAGUAAAAUCUAAAUAAUCUCUUAUUACAAACAGCUAGAAAACUCGUCUCGUUUGCACAUCACAUUCCCGGGCUUAGUGCGAAUGGGAUAGGCGAUAAUACGUCACGCUUUUCGGAAUAUUCACGUUUUUAUUGGAUUUAAGGGCGUUGACUCAGUGAUAGUACAUACAUUAAAUCGAUAGGUUAGUUUUGAUCAAACCCGGCGACGAUCAUUUGUUACACCCUAAAAUCAUGCUUUGCAAAUACCUCCCAAUGACAUUCCACCACUAACAUUAUACUAUGUGACCGAUACAAUAUUCCUUAAAAACAACCAAGCUAAAUUAGUAAUGAUACACCUAUAGACCAAAUGGAAAUUGAAUCGAGAAACUCACAACGAAUUUUUUAAAUUCAGCUACAUAAAUCAAGUAAAUAGAAUUCAUAAUAAACAUUUAUUUGCGGUCACUGGGUAAUUAUCCGAAAUGUUAAACAUUCACGAACAAAUUAACUCGAAUGUCUCAAGGAUGAUUAUAUUACCACGAUGCUAUCGUCAACCUCAGAGCUUCCGAUUCAAUCCAGUUCGUAGGAUUUCUUAAGAGUUUUACUGUUCAUACUAAAACUGUUUGAGUACCACAGAACCAGUGCUUAAGUUAAAUUAUUACGGUUAAAAAUCCAUUAGUCGUUUCUCUAAAAACAACCGUGGCGACAUUAUAUUUCCGCGCAACAUUGAGUUUGUUUACUCGCUAAGACAGUUCCUAAAGAUAUAUGAGGCCGUCAGCGCAAAAGUAGCCUAAGUUUAUCAUAGUUAGUAUGGAAAUAUUAAGUUUUGAAUUUACUUUUACACUGCUUCGUUGGCAAAAACAAUACGCGCCAAAAUAAGUUUUUACAAAGCCAUCUGUCAAACUAGGGAUAGGCCGGUUUUGCAUUAAAAUUGAUCAUGUUUUAAAUAAAUUGCAUUAUCUAAGCACGAAUAUGAAAAUUUUUGGGUUAGAUCACUUUGGUGCUGACGACCUCAUAUGAUUAUGUAGUUUAAAGCCUAGUUUUAACAGAGGUAAGAAAAUUACAUGUCACUUUUUGAUUAUAUGAAAUGUGACGUUUAGGGGAUCACAGUCUAAAUUUCACAUCGGCCGUGAAGAGACUUGAAUUGGCUAACCAAUAGUACUUAACUUAUUGAACGUGGUACGUCGGCUUUGAGAUUAUAGAUGAGCGAAAGGUAUAUUCAAUGAAGUUGGGAGUUCAAGUAAUGGGAGAGGCUUGAGCAGUUCGGUACAAAUAUCCUACGUAUUUAGGUUGUGAGCAGACCAUGUGUUAUCUGAAAUGCGAAAUAGUUGCUAUUAAGACUGUGUAGUUAAGAACGCGAUGUUGUCUCAGGCUGAGCUGUGGCAUUUACAUUUUUGUCAGUUAACUUUGAUAGGCGAUACAUUCCACAACAGGGCAGCUAUGUUAAUGUUUUCUUCGCAACAAUAGCCUACUACAACUCCAGCAGUGCCUUGAGUAGGAGAAUCGUUAAGACCUAUUAACUUCGAAAGCAUCAGUCGGUUCCUUGCCGCACUCAUUAAAUACUAAAUAUUAGGUUCGCUGAUUCAGUAAUGUAUUUAAUAAAAUAAAAUAAAAAAGGCCUUUAUUCCAUGCAAUUACAUAAUAUUUUUUUUUGUAUUUAGUAUAUAUAUUAUAUGCAUGGGCCCCUCUUAGGUAAAGGCCUCCUCCAAAGAUUUCCAUUUUGUUUUUUCUCUGGCGACAUAAACCCAGUGUGGUCCAGCAACUUUUCUAAUGUCGUCCUCCCAACGCGUGUACCGGUCUACGGACGCGCCGCUUUUAAUAAUGAAAGGUCUUUAAUAACGACGGCAUAUUAAUUCUGGAACAUACCUUUAUCUAUUGGAUAAACGUAUCUAUAUAUAUAGGAUAUCCUAUCGAUUCAGAAAACCGCUUACCUCCAGAAUUGAGUUCCUUUGGCCAUAUUCUCAAAAAAACCAGAGGUGGCUUGAUGUUAAAAACAUUUCCAUGGGUAUUUGGAUGAAUCCUCCUCCUCCCUGAGUCGCAUUCCUCAUGUCUGAGGGUCGUGACCAUCUCCUCCUAGUAUCCUUCUCUAGAUGAUGUUUCGCCAUCUUCCUCUGUUCUCGGCGGUGUGUAUGGCAUCGUAGACUGUGGUAUCCAGAGUGGUGCGGUUUUUGUCGGACCAGAGCAUCGGAUAUGGAUGAAUGUGGAGUAUGAAAUUCUUCGGUGCUCAUCCAAGGUGCCUUUCCGCGGUCUACAGUCUGAAUAUCAUCUCGUCUUUUCGCAUUAAAAGUGAUAAAAAUAAAUAUUCGAAAUUGAGUUAAUAUGCGGAAUCAUUUGGUAUCACCAGUAUUUUUCUCAUAAAUACUGUCAAAAGAGCGUAGUUUAGUUUUAGUUUUUUUUUUAGUUUACUUAUAUUUUGACUACUAUUAACAAAAUUAAUACAUAAUUUUAUCUUACUUUAAAAGACAGAUAAUGUAACUGGUAAAAAAUAAAAAAAAGAUGUGUGGUGUCGUGGGACACCGGAUAGGAACGAAGUUCCCAAUUAUAAAAAUAUUAAUUUAAAGUUCUAUUCGAGGUAUGAAGAAAGAGAGAGAGAGACAGAGAGAGAGACAGACAGACAGACAGAGAAACAUGCGACGCCGCACAGCUUACAAUAGCUUACUAUAGCAAAAAGUGUCGUGACAACUUUUCGUAAGAAUUUUUUCCGUCUAGCCCCCUUUCACAACGCGCGAUAAGGAACUUCGUUCCAAUUAUAGUUGCAUAGACGAUAUUAAAAAUAUCACAUGUUAAAUCUUUAAAACAUUCUCCUGUAAAAUUAGUAAGUUUUGAGAUUAUACAGUUUUAAUGCGAGAAGACGAUCUGAUGAUCCACUCGCUUGUCUCCCGUAUAUAACAGAUCUUGGCCGAUGUUAAAAUUAGACUAUUACAUUCAGUUUCUAUUAGUAAUGUUAAACACGAACUUCAUUCUGUAAUUUUUUUGACAACUUAUUUAUUACAUUUGGAUUUUGAAUGUAAAGGUCAUAAAUAAGCGACAUAUUACGUUGAAAUGUUAACAGAAUUUCAUUGCUAAAUAUUCUAUGUAUUAAAGGAAUUUUUGUACAUUUAUUUUGUAAUAAUGAAUUAAGACUUUAUACGUACUACAACGUUCAUUAAGUUAAUGAGCCUUAUAAUCAACUUCAUCUGAAAGAGCUAAACUUUGUUUAAACGUGAGAUUGAAAAGUAUAAUAGUUUAAAAAAAUUAUAAAAUAAUGCCUUCUAUUGUUUCUCAGUAUCGAGUGCCGAUUUUUGAACUUGUAAUAAUUCUCCAUUGACCAUACCGUAGUCCUAAAUAAAUACCUAAUUUUUCAAUCCCAGUCCGUACAUUUCCUUGGCUGUGAGAGAUUGCGACAGCUACUCCGUAGAGUCGUUUGGUGCGGUAGGACCUUAAAAUAUCCUUGAGCCGCGGUCUGGUCCUAACAUCUGCAGACUGUCAAGUUCCAUGUACCCUGAAUGCCCCCUAGGCGCGGAUACCUCUUAGGAGGUUCGACCCCCUAAAAAAAUAGUAGCUACUGUUGUAGCCUCAAUCCUGUGGAACAUUCUCAUAUAUAGGUUUUUGUUACCCAUUUCGUAUUUAUUACCCAUCCACUAAGUAAAAGGAUUCAACAUUAUACACCACAUGGACACCGAAGAUAAUAAUCUCGGUCAUAUUGCAUUAGUUUAACCAAACACGUCUUCAAUUCCAAAUGGGUAUAUGUAUGCAGUGUGUCAUACGUGCUUUAAGCUGUUUUAAUAAAGUGCUCUAUGAGACUUGUGUUGAAGAGGCUCGUUUGCGAUUGCGCUCAAAGUUUAGCUCUCAUUAAAGCUGUUUUAAUUAAUGUAAAAGUCUUUUUUUUUUAUCCGAUCACGAGAAUGUACAGCGUACGUAAUAUUUAUACAACGUUUACUGUAGGCAAACCAAUUUUAUAUAGUUUAUAAGGAGCUAUGUAAAUACAGACAUUAUAUUAAAAGCUAUAUUUCAGUA